GGUGUGCGCAGGCGCAGCCGGACGAGAGACACUCUUACCCAGCCCUCCUUUCCAAUCAACUGCAGCAGGAGCACAAAAAAGUCAUUUCCGGGAAAGUGGGGCCACGCUUAUGGGUUGCAACAUGGAGGCGACUCGUGGAACUAAUGAGCCGGUUUCCGGGGAACUGGUGUCUGUGGCACAUGCACUUUCUCUCCCAGCCGAAUCUUAUGGCAACGAUCCUGAUAUUGAGAUGGCUUGGGCCAUGAGAGCAAUGCAGCAUGCCGAAGUCUACUACAAACUGAUUUCAUCAGUUGACCCACAGUUCCUGAAACUCACCAAAGUGGAUGACCAAAUCUACUCUGAGUUUCGGGAAAAUUUUGAGAGACUCAGGGUAGAUGUUUUGGACCCAGAAGAGCUCAAAUCAGAGGCAGCUAAAGAGAAGUGGAGGCCAUUCUGCCUGAAGUUUGAUGGAAUUAUAGAAGACUUCAACUAUGGUACUUUGUUGAGACUGGAUUGUUCUCAGGGCUACACUGAGGAAAACACCAUCUUUGCUCCCAGGAUACAAUUUUUUGCCAUUGAAAUUGCUCGCAACCGGGAGGGCUAUAACAAAGCAGUUUACACCAGUGUUCAGGACAAAGAAGAAAAAGGAGCUGACAGUGGAGGAGAAGAGAAAGGAGCCAAAAUGGAAGGAGAAAAGGAGAAAACCAACAAAGGAGGAAAAGAAGAAGCCAAGAAAGAAAUUAAAAGUGUUUUUCAGAUGAACCCUGUCAAUCAGACAGGCAAACACAAUAAUCUGAAAAUAAGGUCAGUCCUGCUCCUACUGGACCCAGAGACCAAGUUGUCACAAUGGAAAUACAGGCCACUUCCUCAAGAGUGCUACCAGACCGGGAAUAAAAGUUUGGAGCUGCCACUCUACUAUUCUGCUACAUCACUCUAUCAGCUUUUUUGACUGACUUUUCUGAACUUAUUCUAUAAAGUGUGUAUUUUUUUGUCAUGUGUGACACUGAAGUUUUUGCUUGGUUAGGUUAGUGGUCAGAUAAUUAUUGGAGAGAAUUUUGAAAUGCCUGGAACUAGUAAGUUUCCCAGUCUUUGCCAGCAGCCUCUGUCAGCAUGAUGGUGCUUGCCUUAAGAAUUGAGCCAGAAAAUUGACAAUUCUGCCUUAGCCUGCACUUAGUGCUUAUACAGAACUUCAAAGCUAGCCAGAGGUGAGGGCUCAGGGUCUCUAGAGGUCAUUCCUGAGUAUGUGCACAACUCUCGUGUUUUUGACAAAUGCUCCCAGGGAAAAUGUAUUUUGCAUUAGGUGAACUCCAAGUCAGGUCAAAUAAAGACAUUAUGUCUUCCAAGGAACCAGAAGACAAGAAAAAUAGUGAAAACUUCCUGAGAGUUAGGCUUGGAAGUAUCUCCAACGUCAUUCCACAUCUCCUGUUAGUUCCAGAUUACUGAUUUUCACAGUAACUUUAGGUUGUUGAUUUUCAAGUUUAUCUGGAGCUGCAGAAAUAUGGAUGGGGAUAGCUACAUUAAAAUACUUUUAAAGCUCACUGUUCUUAUUGAGGUUCAGCUGCAUUUAUUGAAUAAACCCUUCCUGGCUACAAAGGGUUUGUUAAUUUGAAAAUUGAUUCUGAUAAUUUCUGACAUUCUCCACUUUGUUUUUACAAAACAGAAAAAUUUCAGAGUUCAUUAUGGUGUCAUUUUUACUGACAUCAGUUUUGUGAAUAUUUGCUAGAUUUUCUUCUUGAAAUCACUACAGCAGUUCAUAAUCCAAACUGUUAAUGAGAGGGUAGGGUCCAAGAUGGCAGUGUAGGAAGACCCAGAAUUCCCAUCUCUCCAGACACAGAAACACCAAAGCUACCCUGACAUACAGAGCAAUUCCUUCUAAAGAAGAACCAAGGGCUAAUUUGACAGCUUCUGCACAAAAAAGUAUAGAAAGACCACACAGAGACUGUCAGGAGAGAUAGAGACACAGUAAUGACAGGAACUCCAACUCCUGCACAAAAACUGCAGUAGGGAUGGAUAUCACUGAGGGACCCACAUGAAGAUACAUACACCAUGGGGCACAGAAAAAACUGGUUUACAAAGCAACUAGAAUAUAAGUGAAAGAAACACACUUUCUGACCUUAGAGUGUUUAGCAAACAGUGACGGAACUGCUGGAACUCUCUCUGGGGAUAGAGCUGUUGGCAAGUGCCACUGUUUAUGUUCCCCUCCACCUUGAUAGCACAAAUGGGAGCAGAGUGUGGGUGCUCUAUCUGGCCUGCCAUCUCAGCAAACUCUGAACCCCAACCCACACCAGUCCCAUAUGUCCCCUGAAACUGUUCCCUUGCUCAUACUCAUCUUCAGCUCCAGCCAUCCCACCAAGGCAGCACAAACAUGACACACACUGGGACAUCUCUGGCCUGCACUCAUUCAGAUGGUUGACUGAGUUCCAAGCAUCUCAUCAAGCAAAUCCAGUGAUAAAGAAUCACCAACCCAUGCCUGCUUCAGCUCCAGCAGUCCCUAUGAGGGCAUUUGAUGGAUGGAGUGACCCAGGACCACCUAGGCUGAGCCUGCUUCAGCUUCUGCCAUCUCACCAGGUUGGCCCAGGUACAGAAAGCCCAGGGACCAUGCAGACUGUGCCUUCUUCAGGUAUACCCAUCCUACCAGGACAUGUCCUGCACAGUGCCCUAAGACUACCCAGACCGUGCCCACUUUAGCACCAGCCAUCAUGCCAGCAUGAAUCUUACACAAAGGGCCCCAGGACCUUCCAGCCAUCCCAAAAGGGUGUAUCCUGCUUGGUAUGGGAUACCCUGAGACCUAUUAGAACAAGCUUGCUUCAGCUACAGCCAACUACAAGGGCAGCCACUGCAUGGAGGAACCUGGGACCAUGUGGCAUGUGCCCACUUCAGCUUUCCACAUUCUUCCAGCAUAACUCCCAUUGAGGAGUGCACUGGGAUUACCUUCAAUGCACCCACUUCAGCUCCAGGUGUCCCACCAGUGUGGCCCCAGCCCAGAAUGCAAAUGGACCCAACCCACACCCAAUACAGUUCCAACCAGUGAGCCAAAGAUGCAAGGUACACACAGUCCACACAGGGCACAUUCAUACACUAGGCCACUCCUAGUCUGCCAGAGGUAGCUGUUUCAACACUUUCAUAGAAACAAACCCAGAAACAAAAUAAGGAAACAAAGGGCUAUGCUCCAAAUGACAUAAUAAGACAAAACUUCAGAGAAAUAUCUGAAUGAAAUGUAGCUAAACAAUCUAUCUCACAAAGAAAUCAAAGUAAUGGUUAUAAAGAUGCUCAUCAGACCUGAUAGAAGACUAGACAAACACUGAGAACUUCAGGACAUAGAAACAUAUAAAAAAGAACCAAAUGGAAAAAACAACCAGAAAAUAAUGAAUAAAAUGGCAAGUAAGUGUAUACCUCUCAAUAACUAUCUUAAAUGUAAAUGGACUGAAUGCACCAAUCAAAAGACACAUGGUGGCAGAAUGGAUGAAGAAACAAGACCUAUCUAUGUGCUGCCUACAAAAGACACAUUUCAGACCUAAAGAUAUACAUAGACAAAGUGAAGGAAUGGAAAAAGAUAAUUCAUACAAAUAAAAAGGAGGAAAAACUGGAGUACCAGUACUUGUAUCAGAAAAAAUUGAUUACAAAAAAAGAGAGUAUGAAGAGACAAAAGACAUUAUAUAAUGAUAAAGGGAUCAGUCCAACAAGAGGAUAUAACAAUUAUAAAUAUCUAUGCACCCAAUAUAGGAGCACCUAAGUAUAUAAAACAAAUAUCAACAGAAAAGGAGAAAUAGGCUGCAAAUCAAUCAUACAAAGGAAUUUUAAGACACCAGUUACAUGAUUGGACAGAACAAGCAGACACAAAAUAAAUAAAUAAAACGGAGGUACUGAAAACACACUAGAACGGAUGGACUUAACAGAUAUAUGUAGAACAUUCCACCACAAAGCAGCAAGAUACACAUUUUUCUCAAAUGUACAUGGAAGAUUCUCUGGAAUAGAUCACAUAUUAGGGCCUACAAAAGGUCCUAAUAUGUAAAUUUUAAAAGAUUGAAAUUGUAUCAAACAUCUUUUCAGAUCACAAUGAUAUGAAAUUAGAAAUCAAUUACAUGAAGAAAACAAAAAAAUCCCAGACACAUAGGGGCUAAACAACAUGUUUCUAAAUAGUCAAUGGAUCAAUGAACAAAUCAAAGAAGAAAUCAAGCACUACAUGGAGACAAAUAAAAACCAAAAUACAACACUUCAAAAUAUGUGGGAUGCCACAAAAGUGGUUCUAAAAGGGAAGUACAUAGCAAUACAAACCUACCUCAAGAAACAAGAACAAUCCCCCCAAAAACCAAUCUAAACUCACAACAAAAUGCAUGAAAAACAACAAAUGAACCCCAAAGUUAGUAUAAGGUCAAACAAAGAUCAGAGAAGAAAUAAAUAAAAUAGAAAAUAAUAAAACAAUAGAAAUCAUUGAAACAAGGAAGUGUUUUUUUGAGAACAUAAGCAAAAUAGAAAAAUCCCUAGCUGGACUUAUCAAGAAAAAAAGAGGACACAAAUAAAAUCAGAAACAAAAAAGGAAUAGUUACAACUGACACCAGAAAAAUUCAAAAUAUGAUUAGAGAAUUCUAUGAAAAUUUUUAUGCCAAUAAAUUGGACAGCCUAGAAAAAUGGAUAAAUUUCUAGAACUUUACACCUUCCAAAAUUGACCCAGGAAGAAACAAAAUCUGAACACACCAACUGCCAGUAAUGAAAUUGAAAUGGUAAUCAAAAAACUGCCAACAAACAAAAGUCAGUGACCAGAUGGCUUCAGAGCUGAAUUUGACCAAACAUUUAAAGAAGAGCUAAUACCUAUCUAUCUUUCUGGAAUAAAAAGUAUUCCAAAAAGUAGAAGAGGAGGGAAUACUUCCAAGCUUAUUCUAUGAGGUCAGCAUCACUCUAAAAACAAAACUAAGGAUACUACAAGAAAAAAGAAAAUCAUACAGCAAUAUUGCUGAUGAACAUAGAUGCAAAAUCCUCAACAAAAUAUUAGCAAAUUGAAUUAAAAAAUACAUCAAAAGAUCAUUCAUCCAACCAAGUGGGAUUAAUCCCAGGGAUGCAAGAGUGGUAUGAUAUCACAAAUCAAUCAAUGUGUGAUACCACAUUAACAAAAGGAAAGAUAAAAACAAUAUGAUGAUUUCUUUUGUCAAAUUCAGCAUCCAUUCAUGACAAAAACUCUCAAGAAAUGGAUAUAGAGGGUAUGUAAUACAAUAUAAUAAAGGUCAUAUAAGAGAAACCCACAGCUAACAUCAUACUUAAUGGGAAAAUGAUGAAAGAUUUUCCUCUAAGGUCAAGAAAAAGACAAAGAUGUCCACUCUCACCACUUUUAUUCAACAUAAACAUAGUGCUGGAGGUCCUAGCCACAGCAAUCAGACAAGAGGAAGAGAUAAAAAGACAUCCAAAAUGGUAAGGAGGAAGUAUAAUGGUCACUAAUUACAGAUGACGUGAUACUGUAUACAGAAAACCCUAAAAACACCACUAAAAAACUAUUGGAACAAAUAAAUGGAUUCAGCAAAGUUGCAGGAUACAAAAUUAAUACACAAAUCUUUUGCAUUCCUAUAUAUUAUCAAUGAACUAGAAGAAAGAGAAAUAAAGAAAACAAUUCCAUUUACAAUUGUGUCAAAAAGAAUAAAAUACCUAGAAAUAAACCUAACUAAGGAGAUGAAAGACCUAUAUUCUGAAAACCAGAAGACAUUCAUGGGAGAAAAUGAAGAAGACACAAAUAGAUGGAAAUCUAUCCCAUGCUCAUGGUUAACAAGAAUUAAUGUCAAAAUUGCCAUCAUGCCCAAUGCAAUUUACAGAUUCAAUGCAAUCCUUAUCAAAAUAUCAGCAGCAUUUUUCAGUGAACUAGAGCAAAGAAACCUUAUAUGGAACCACAAGAGACCCCAAAUAGCCAAAGCAAUCUUGAGAAAGAAGAACAAAGCUGGGGUAUUACACUCCAUGACUUCAAGCUAUACUAAAAAGCUACAGUAAUCAAAAUAGUAUAGUACUGGCACAAGAACAGACCCAUAGGUCCAUAGAACAGAAUAGAAAGCCUAGAUAUAAACCCACACAUAUAUGGUCAAAUAAUUUACAAUAAAGGAGGCAAAAAUGUACAAUGGGAAAAUGCAGCCUCUUCAAUAACUAGUGUUGGGAAAACUUGACAGCUACAUGGAAGAGAAUGAAACUGAAUUACUCUCUAACUCCAUACACAAAAGUAAACUCAAAUUAGAUCAAAGACCUGGAUAGAAGACAUGAAACCAUAAAACUCUUAGAAGAAAACAGGCAAAAAUACCUUGAACAUAAGCAUGAGCAAUUUUUUUUUCUGGGAAACAACUCCUCAGGCAAGGGAAACAAAAUAAAAAUAAACAAGUGCGACUACAUCAAACUAAAAUGUUUCUGUACAGCAAAGGAUACCAUCAGCAGAAAUAAAAGGCAACCUAUGGUAUUGGAGAAUAUAUUUGUAAAUGAUUCAUCCGAUAAGGGGUUGACACCCAAAAUACAUAAAGAACUCAUAUGCCUCAACACCAAAAAAACAAGAAACCUGAUUUAAAAAUGGGUGAGAAUCUGAACAGACAUUUCUCCAAAUAAGAAAUACAUAUAGCCAAUAGGCACAUAAAAAGAUGCUCCACAUCAAUAAUUAUCAGAGAAAUGCAAAUCAAUACCACAGUGAGAUAUCUCCUCACACCAGUCAGAAUGGCAACUAUCCAAAAGACAAUAAAUAACUAGUGUUGGUGAGGAUAUGCAGAAAAGAGAAUGCUGCUACACUGUUGGUGGGAAUGUUAAUUGGUACAGCCCCUGUGGAAACCAGUAUGGAGGGUCUCAAUAAACUAAAAAUAGAAAUACCAUAUGAGUCAGUAAUUCCAGUUCUGGGAAUUUAACCAAAGAAAAAAUUUCCUGAUUCAAAAAGAUAUAUGCACCAUUAAUUUUUUUGCUGCAUUGUUUACAAUAGUCAAAAUAUGGAAGCAACCAAAAUGUACAUCAAUAAAUGAAUGGAAGUAAGGUAAUGGAAGGCAUCCAAGCUGAAUAGUAAAAAUAAAAAAGAGUAAGGAAAUGGGCAUAUUAUCUAUAAUGGAUAUGUCAGGAACAUCACACAUACAAACACUCACAUAUGGGGUCACAGAAGGUGAAGUGAAAGAGAAAGGGGUGAAAAAUUUAUUUGAAGAAGUAAUGGCUGGAAACUUCCAUUAUAUGGAAAUCUGGGCAAGGAACAGACAUGCAGGUCCUGGACAUCCAGACAGUCCCAAACAUGAUAAACCUAAGGAGGUCCACACCAAGAGACAUAAUAACUAAAUGUCAAAGAUUAAAGAUAUAACAUUAAAAGCAGCAAGCAAAAAUCAACUAUUUAUAUACAAGGGAAACCACAUAGAGCUAUUGGCUCAUUUUUCAUCAGAAUUUUUGCAGGUUACAAGAAAGUGGCAUCAUAUAUUCAAAGUGCUGAAAGGAAAAAGAACUAUAAUCAAGAAUACUCUACUCAGCAAAGUUAUCAUUUAGAAUUGGAUAAAGAGUUUCCCAGACCAAAAAAAUGUUAAAGGAGUUCAUCACCACUAAACUAAGAUUACCAGAAAUGUUGAAGGGAAUUUUUAAGUGGAAAAGGAAAGUCCAUAAUUAGAAGGAAAUUACAAAAAGCAAAAGUUUCAUUGAUAAAAGCAAACAUAUUGUUAAGCUAAUUUCACUGGUAAAAGCAAAAAAGUUUGUAGAUCAGUCACUUAAAAGCUAGUAUCAAGGUUUGAAGACAAAAGUAAAAAUCAAUUAUAUCUAAAAUAUUAGUUAAGGGAUACAAAAAAUAAAGAGAUGUAAAAUUUGGCAUCAUAUACAUAAAACAUGGAGGAGGAGGAGUAAAAAUAUAGUGCUUUUAGAAUGUGUGAACUUCAGCAAUCAUUAACUUAAUCUAAGCUGCUAUAUGUUAGGAUGUUAUAACAUAAUGGUUACUACAAACCAAAAACCUGCAAAAAAAAUAAAGAUAAAGGAAUUGAACCAUAACACUAAAGAAAGUCCUCAAUCACUAGGGAAUAGAGCAAGAAAGGAAAAUAGAAGAACUACAGAAACAACCACAAUAUAUUAGACAAAAUGGUAAUAAAUACAAACCUCUCAGUAAUUACCCUUUAAAUGGUUUAAAUGCUCCAAUCAAAAGACAUAGGGUGACUGAGUUAAUGAAAAUUCAAGUCUCAUAUAUAUGCUUCUUCCAAAAGACUCACUUUACACCUAAAGACACAUGCAGACUGAAAGUGAAGGGAUGGAAAAAGACAUUUAAUACAAAUGUAAGCAAUACUUAUAUCAAACAAAAUAGACUUUAAAGCAAAGGUUGUAACAAGAGGAAACAAAGGGUAUUAAAUAAUAAUAAAGGAUCAAUCCAAGAAGGAUAUAAUUAUUGUGAAUCUAUGUACCAAACAUAGGAACACCUAAAUACAUCAAGCAAAUAUUAACAGACAUAGAGAAAAUAUGAAAAGAGCAAUUACUAGUAAUUAAAUUUAAUUGGUAAUCAGAAAACUCACAAUAAACAAAAUUCCAGGACCACAUGGCUUCACAGGUGAAUUCUACCAAACAUUUAAAGAACAGUUAAUACCUACCCUUCUUAAACUACUCCAAACAACUGAAGAGGAAGGAAUGCCCCAAAUUCUUUCAACAAGUUCAGCAUUACCCUGAUAUCAAAAUCAGAGACUACAAAAAAAGAAAAUUACAGAUGAAUAUCUCUGAUGAAUGCAUAUGAAAAAAUUCUCAGAAAAAUAUUAGCAAAAUAAAUUCAAAAAUACAUUAAAAGGAUCUUUCACCAUGAUUAACUGGGACUUAUUACAGAGAUCCAAUGAUGGUUCAAUAUCUGCAAAUAAGUCAAUGUGAUAAAUCACGUUAACAGAAGGAAGGAUCAUAUAAUCAUCUCAAUAUAUGCAGAAAAAGCAUUUGGCAAAAUUCAACAUCCACUCAUGAUAAAAAAAUCUCAUAACAAAGUGAAUACUUCAACAAAAUAAAGGCCAUAUAUGACAGCCCACAGCUAAUACUCAGUGGUGAAAAGCUGAAAGUAUUUUUUUUCUGAUAUCAGGAACAAGACACAGUUACCCACUAUAACUUUUAUUCAACAUAGUACUGAAAAUCUAGAUACAGCAAUCAGAGAAAAAGAAAUAAAAGGCAUUUAAAUGGUGAAGUCAAAUUGCCACUAUUUGCAGAUGACCUAAUAUUCUAUAUAGAAGCCCCUAAUGACUCCACCAAAAAACUAUUAGAACUAAUAAAUAUAUUCAGUAAAGUUGAAGCAUACAAAAUCAAUAUACAGAAAUCUGUUUCUAUAAUACUAAUAAUGAUCUAGCAGAAAGCAAAAGUAAGAAAACAGUUCCAUUUACAAUUACAUCAAAAACAACAAAAUACCUAGGAAAAAAUUUCACCGAGAAGGUAAAAUACCUGUACUCUGAAAACUCUAAGAUAUUGAUGAAAAUAAUUGGAGGUGUCACAAAUAAAUGGAAAAGUAUUCCAUGCUCAUGGUUUGAAAGAACUAAUGUUGUUAAAAUUGCCAGAGUACCUAAAGCAGUCUACAGAUUCAGUGGAAUCCGUACCAAAUUACCAAUGGCAUUUUUCACAGAACCAGAGCAAACAAUUGUGAAAUUUGUAUGGAACCACAAAACACCCCAAAUAGUCAAAAUGAUCUUGAGGAAGAACAAAGCUGGACAUAACAUGUUCCCUUAUUUGAAACUAUACUAUGAAUAUAUAGUAAUCAAAACAGUAUGGUACUUGCACAAAAAUAGACACAUACAUCAGUGGAACAGAAUAGAGAGCCCAGAAAUAAUCCUGUGAUCUUAUGGUCAAUUAGUAUAUGUCAAAUAAACAAAGAAUACAGGGGAAGAAGCAGUCCAUUCAAUAAAUGGUGUUGGGAAAGAUGGACAGAAAUAGACUCAUAAAUACAGAGAAUAAAUUGGUAGUUGCCAAAGGGAAGGGCAGUGUGGGAUUGAGCAAAGUAGGUGAAGGGGAUAAAGUGUUACACACUUACAGUCAUAAAAUAAAUAAGUCACUGGAUGAAAAUCACAGUAUAGGGAAUUUAGUAAAUAAUCUUUUGAUAUAUUUGUAUGGUGACAGAAUGUAACUACAUUUAUCAUGGCGAGCAUUUUGUAAUGUAUAUAAUUGUGGAAUCACUAUGUUGUACACCUGAAACCAAUAUAUUUUAUAUCAAUUAUACUUCAAUAUAAAAACAGUGAGUCUGAAAUAAUGAGGUUAUUAGUGACUACUAAGCUGGGCAAAACUGGAUCCCUUAUAACCCUUUUGAGUGACAUUGGCAAAAAUAGGAAAUUAGUCUACACAUAAGAUCUUCUGUUCCUCAGCUCUCCACCUUUUCUCUCUUGUUGUGGAAGUUUCUUUAAUAUUUUUCUUUUGGUGGCAGUAUUGCUCCACUGAAAUAAAACCAUUCCUUCCUCCCACCCUUUGCUUUUGAAAAACACCUACAAGUGAAAAAAAAUGCAUUUUACUUGCAAAAAGUGACUUACAUCUGGGUCUGGGAUUUGCAGUUUAGAGAGAUUUCCUGGAAGCCAUCCCUAAUAAUUCUUUGCUUAGGCUUUUUUGUUUAUAUGGGGAAGGAGGGUCAAGCAGAUCCCAUGAUCUCUUGUGUUUUCUUCAUGUACUUUUUUUUUUGAUAAUUUUUCCUUAGUUAUAAAAUAUACAUCUGCUCAUUACAGAAAAAUCAGAAAAUACAGGGACAAUUAAAGAAGUAAAUGUCCUCUAUAAUCCCAUAAACAAGAGAAAAGUGACUACUACUAAGAAUCUGAAGCAAGUCUGUCCAAUGUGUUUUCUUUGUACACCUUUUAACAUAAUUGUGAUCAUGUGGCACAUAUAAUUUCAUAUUCUAAUUUUAUCACAUAUAUCAAAGCAUAUUUACAUGCUUCUUAAUUUAAAACAUUUUAGAUAUCAUUCUUAGUGAUUAGAAUAAUAGUCAUUAAUAUUAAUGUAUUAUUGACUGAUAUAGUCAAUAUUGUUGACAUUGAUUAUUGACUAAUAAUAUAUUAUUGUCUCUUCUAUGAUGAAAUAUUUAGGUUGCUUCUAAAAUUACACAAUUUUAAAUAAUAUUUUUAUCAAAUGAAUAAGCUGGGUCCUCCCUUCAAGUGGGCAAAAAGCAUCUUUCAGGAAAUAAAGGUCAAAUGACUAUAAACUUUUAUGGACAACAUUAAUAUUGGGGGUAGUUUCUCAUUCUGCCCCCAAAACUCAUCUAUUCGAGGAAGAGAAGAAAUUCUUCUAGAACUUUUCAUAAACUGAAAAAUACUUUAAAAAAUAUUGUGAUCUAAUUAUGAUCCACUCUUAAAUAAACUAGCUGUAAAUCAUUGAAACUGAUGUUCUCAAUCCAAUCAUUGAAUCAUGCCUUCUGAAGAGACCUCAAAUCCAUGGAACGGGCAAACCUGCACAUGUUUUUAAUGGAAGCUUUUCUUCUUCUAGCCAAGAAAAACCGUCUUCCUAUACCCAGAAAUUUUUGGAGAUGAGGGCCAUCUUUAAGGGAUGAGAUAUUAUCUGUCAUGUGUCUGGCACCUGGAACAGACACAGCUAAUCAGAAAGUUCAACUCUUUCCAUAUGAACUGUUUUUUUAAUUUUGUUUUUUUCCUGAUUUAAUUUUUUAAAUGUCCAAAUUCCCAAACACCUGUUUUCAUCUCCAAUAUUUAUAAGACUCCCUUUAGUUUUCCAUCACUCUUUUACAUCCAGCUCACAAAUUUCCAUGUACCAAAGCACAGUCAGACAUCCAUCCCAGACAAAGAUGGAAGAAGAAUAAGUGCAGAUAGUUCAGGAUUCUUACUAUUGCCACAACCAAUUGCAAUGGCACAAUAAAAAAUAUAUAACCCAGAAGAGUAGCCAUGGGAUGCCAAUAUCACCAAAAUAGUGAUUCUUUUCAGAACAUUCCAAAAUGCGAAUAAGUACCAAGUCAGUUCAAUCCCUGGUUUGCAGUUACCUUCUUUGUGAAGUCAUCUCUAACACAAUCUUUAUUAUGUCCUUACUGGAUGCAGAAUCCACCAUUCCCAGAUCAUAGUACAUAAAAAAUCAAAGCUGCAAUUGUCAAGUUUAUUUUGGGAGUCUCUUCUUUUCUUCAAACUAUACCUGGCUGAAAAGUAGAGCAUCAUUUAUCCAAUUCCUAUCUCCCUUUCUAGCUCUUCAAAUAAACUCAUUGGUCCUUUAUGUGUUAAGGAUAUUUGGCAUUAUGAAAUGAAUGAAGGAAACAGAAAUAGCAAACUUGGACACUGACAAAAGUUCUACAAAAUUACAAAAAUCCUGGUAUGGUCUUCCUGAAUGCCUUUUUAUUGAUGAAAUCUAAAAGGCUUCAUUGUACAUUUGGUUGGCUUUUCAUCCAUAAACCUUCACUCCAAUCCAGUUACUCACUUUCUCUAAAUUAUAUAGACCCAUUUUUCAUGAAGGUCCACUUUGCUAUAUUUAGGUCUGAAAAGGCAGUAUAACCAUUUAAAGGACAUACUUGAAGACUGAUCUCAGUCCAAAUUCUACAUUGGCCAUUUAAUAUCUAUGUGUCUUUGUGUAAGACAUAUCUGAUUUUUGCACCUGUAAAACACAGAGGAUAGAUUAUUAUUUUCACAUUUCCUUCUAUGUGUUAAAGUCAGCAGUGUAGACUGAGGCCAUCAAGAAAAUCUGGCACAUCAGAAAGGAGGGUGGGUACGAGGCAGGCUACUAAAGCAUGGAAAAAUUUUGGAGAGAAUGCCAAAAAAUCUGUUACUUAUAUUAGCCAUAUCUUCUGACCUCCUCAGCCUUCUUGAUUUGCUCUUCCCAUUCUUUAUUCUCUAUACUUUCAUCAAAUUUUGUGUUAUUCUUAAGCAAAUAUCUAAAUAUAAAUGAAUGUGAAAGGUCAUCAGUAUGAAAACUGAGGGCAAACAUAACCCACAUCAUGUAAGGAGAGGACAAUAUUGCUACAGAUGAGAGAUGAAAAGAGUCUUUGAGACACAAGGACACCAAUGUGGGCAUAUGUUGUAGGACAGUCAUGUGGUACUGAUACUGGACAUAUGAUAACUACCUCAACUACCAUCAAAUUUUUCUGUAAAGAUUUUCAUUUUUGAUACCAUGUUUUUAAGUUCUACCUGUCUUUUUCUGGUCUCUGAAUGCUCCAUUUAUAAAACAUCCUAUUCUUAUUUGUCUGUCUCUCUCCCUGUGUAAUUUCCAUUUGCACUAAAUUGCCUCUUCUGUUUGUAUCCUCCUCAGUUUGAGAGUCUGGCUUAAUUUUCUCUGAUAGUUUAUAAACUCAUUCUAGGUAGAGCCUUGCAUUAAUCUCAGGACACUUAGAGUCACCAAUGUGGGCAUAUGUUGUAGACAUGUGGUUCUGAUACUGGACAUAUGACAAGGAAUGGGCUGAGCUAUGUUUUUUUCCUCCAAAUCCACUGUGGUCAAUCCCUCAGGAGCAGGUCAAAGCAAAACACUUCAUUGGGUGUUUAUACUAUAAUGGCGCAGGCUAGAAACUAUAACAAAAUUUCAGUAGAUUAACACAAUAAGAUUUUAUUUUAAACACAUGUCUCAGGCUUGAUGCAGGUGGGCAAUGUAAGUAUUCUAUGUCAUCAUCUCAAUCUGUGUAGGCAGCAUGAAAGGGAAAGUAGGAACUUUAAGGGCACUUGAUCUAGGAAAACCAAGAACUCAGAAGAAUCUGGGCCAAAACAACCUAAGUAUUCUGCCUUUGGAUUAGAAAAAUAAAUAGUCUCAUAGCAGCAUGAAUCUUAUUACACUGUCCUUGACAUGUCUGUUCUGAAUUCUAAUGCACCAGUCUAGACUGGUUGCCUUCAAUACUUGGUGCAAAGCUGGGAUCUCCCUUUACCAUUAGUUUAGAGAUAACCUUUAACCCUUACAUGUUUUGGAUUUCCAGUUUCCUGUAUCCUAUGUCUUUCUCUGUCACUUAUUACCCUAUUCUCUAUCAUUUACUACCUAACUUAUUACCUGUUUCCAGUUGCUAUAUGAUGAAUGGUACAAGAUAGGUAAAUUUAUUUUGAAGCUUCAUAUAUUAGUUUGCUAGGGCUACUAAGUACUACAAACUGAAUUUCUUUAUCAACAAAAAUGUGCUGUUUCACAGUUCUGGAGGUUAGAACUCCAAAAUUAAGGUGUCAGUAAAUUUGAUUCCUUUUGAGAGUUGUGCAGCAGAAACUGUUCCAUAGAACUUUCCUAGCUACUGGUGGAUUUCUGACAAUCUUUGGCAUUCUUUGGUUUACAAACAUAUCAUCCCAAUCUCUGACUUCAUGUUCAUGUGGCCUUCUCACUGUGUGAGUAUGUGUGUCCAAAUUUCCCCUUUCUAUAAGGACAUCAGUUAUAUUGGAUUAAGGGCCCAACCUAUUUCAGUAUGAUCACAUAUUGACUAAAAUUAUACCUUUAACAACCCUAUUUCCAAAUAAAGUCACAUUCUGAGGUACUGGCAUUUAGGACUUCAACAUAUGAAUUUGAGGGAAACACAAUUCAAUCCAUAAUACUUCACAUAACUGAAAAUAUUGUCAUUCCACCCUAAGAUUUGGUCAUAAAAUUCAAGGUCAGAAAUAAUUUCACUUCAGAAUUUUGAAAGUAUUGCUUCAUUAUGUAGCUUCUGGUGCUGCCUAUUGAGGACUAUAAAGUCGUUCUAAUUCCUGGUAUUUUUUUUUUACAUGUGGCCUGUUCAUAUCUGUCUGGAAGCUUUAACAUCUUUUCUUUUCUCUAAGGAUCCUGAAAUCUUACAAUAAUCUCAUUGGG